AUGGAAGGGUUGAUUAGUGCGCGCCUGACUCCGGUUUGUCCUCGCAUUAGUCAUCAACAGUAUGCUUUUUCUUCUUUGAAUACCCUCCGUUUAGCAAAAAGUUUGUAUAAGAACCCUCUUCAGAUGAUAAACCAAUCCAAAAGCUUCAACUCAGUUUCUGCUUCAAUUCAACAACCGUUGGAGUCCGCCGCUCCUGCUGGCUUCGACAACACUGUGCCAUCUAAAGAUGUUCUUGACACCUGGAAGAAUGCCAAUGCAGUCUGCUUUGACGUGGAUAGUACUGUCUGCCUGGAUGAGGGCAUUGAUGAACUUGCAGAAUUUUGUGGAGCUGGAAAAGCUGUGGCAGAGUGGACUGCCAGGGUAAUGAAUGGUUCUGUUCCUUUUGAGGAUGCUCUUGCUGCUAGAUUAUCUCUGUUAAACCCUUCUUUGUCCCAUCUACAGGAUUUCCUUGAAAAGAAAACCUCUCAGGAUUUUCCAGGCAUAGAUGAGUUGAUCAAGAAGCUGAAGGCCAAUAACACUGAUGUAUACCUGAUCUCUGGAGGGUUUCGCCAACCAAACCUACAAGAGAUCUGUACUGUUUUGUUUGAUCUGAAGGUGUUGUUGUUCAUAUUUCAACAUGCAGAUAUUUUGGAAACUGAAUUUAUUUUGAAAUUAAUAACUAGAAUAUUUUUCUUUGAAGCUGUUGCAUCACUUCUUGGGAUUCCAUGUGAAAACAUUUUUACCAAUCAACUACUAUUUAGAAGUUCUGGAGAGUUCCUUGGGUUUGACAGGAAUGAGUUUACUUCAAGGAGUGGUGGGAAAGCAACUGCAGUUCAACAUAUAAGAAAGGUCCAUGGAUACAAGAGCUUAGUCAUGAUUGGGGAUGGAGCAACUGGCCUUGAGGCUCGUAGGCCAGGAGGUGCCAACCUGUUUAUCUGCUACGCAGGUGUUCAACUUAGAGAAGCUGUUGCUUCAAAAGCUGAUUAUGUUGAUCUAAGUGGCCAAAUGCCCUCGAUUUAGUAUAACUUUGGUGUAUGGAUAAAUCCUACGGCCGAUGGCAUAGCCUACACCAAUGGGUAAAUAAUCUUGUCUCCUAUCUAUUGUUAUUUUUUGUUACUUUGCAAGUUAAACAAACUAGUGCCAUGUCAGCAUAUUGCUUGUUUGCUGUGGUCAAAGUUUGGCAGGAUAGUUGAUAGAUUGUGGGCAAAUAAUCCUACCAUGUAGGACACUUGUCCCUUGAUCAAAGAGGCCAAACAGUUCCAAGUGGUUGCUUUUAUUCUCGGAUUGGAUAAGCUCUCUCCAAUAGAAAAGUUUUAUAACGUUGUGUGUCAAAGGUUUCGAUAACAGGAUUGGAUGUAAAAACUGCAUUUUUAAAUGGAGAACUUAAUGAAGAAAUUUAUAUGCAACAACCAGAAGGAUAUUUAAUAAAGGGACAAGAAGGAAAUCUAUAUAAAUUAAAAAGGUCCUUGUAUGGAUUAAAACAAUCUCCUCGUAUGUGGUAUUAUACUUUUCAUAAUACAAUCAUAAAACUUGGUUUUGUUCCAAAUACCUUUGAUCACUGUGUUUAUGUCCUAAAUAGAGGGAGUUCCAUUGUGUUGUAGUCUUUCUAUGUGGAUGAUAUCUUG